AUGAGCGUCAAGGUGUUCAUUAUUAAUUCUGCUGUUAGCAACGAGGUUAGGAAGAAACAACAUGUCCAAGAUAUCCUGAGUGCUUUAAAAAUUCCAUAUGAUGUGGUUGAUGUCCUUGAUCCUCGAAAUGAUGAACAGCUCAAAUUUAUGCACUGCAAUGCCAAACCAAAGAAACCAAACCAGAAACCUGUGUUUAAUGGAGAUGAUUAUUGUGGGGAUUAUUCCAAAUUUGUCGAGUCAUUAGAAUGGGAUCAGUUGUAUGAAUUUCUAAAACUUGAAAAUCCAAACAAAACUUCCAAGGCAUCAGUUAUCACUGGGGAAGAUGAGGAGGAACACAGAAAAAACUGA